CCGGGCGCCAUGGGGGCGGCGGGGACCGCCCUCCUGCUGCUCGGCCUGGGCGGCCUCCUCGCCGCCCCCGACGACUGGGGCUUCUCCUCCUCCGAGGUGGUCAUCCCCCGGAGGCUGACCCCCCGCGGCGGGGAGGCCGAGGAGCCCGGCCGGCUGUCCUACCUGCUGCCCCUCGAGGGCCGGAGGCACGUGCUGCACCUGCGGCCCAAGAAGCUGCUGCUGCCCCGCCGCCUGCCCGUCUUCACCUUCACGGCCCGGGGGGAGCUGCUGGAGGAGCAGCCCUACGUGCCCCACGGCUGCUACUACCGCGGGGCCGUGGAGGGCGCCCCGGGCUCCCUGGCCACCUUCAGCACCUGCUCCCGGGGGCUGUGGGGGAUGCUGCGGCUGCACGGCCGUCUCUACCAGGUGGAGCCCCUGCCGGCCUCCGCCACCUUCGAGCACCGCGUGUCCUGGCUGGACGAGAAGGCCCCGGGCAAUCUGACCUGCGGCUUCACCGACGAGGAGAUCACCCGCCAGGCGGCCCAGUUCCGGCCGUCGGCCUCUUUCCGGCGGGUCGACUGGCACGACUCCUACAUACACCCCAAGUAUGUGGAGCUGGCUGUGGCGGUGGACAAUGGCAGGUACAGAUUCAGGAAAAACAAUAUUUCCGCAGUCAUUCAGGAUGCCAUUUUCCUGGUGAAUUUUGCAGAUUCACACUUUCAGGGGCUGAAAGCUCGCGUGUUUCUGAAAGCCCUGGAAAUCUGGACCGACCGUGACAAAGUGAAUACUAAGCAUUCAAAAAUAUUUCAAGUACUUGCUGAAUUUUCGAUUUACCAGCAUGAUAACAUAUAUCCUCGAGUCCAACAAGAUUUUACACAUUUGUUUGUGUCGAAGACGUUUCCUGAUGCCAUGGGGAAGGCCUUUGUUGGUACCAUGUGUAAUCCGAGGCUAGGUGCAUCUAUAUCCAGUCUGCCAGGGAAAAGUAUGUUUGAUCCUGCACUCUGGUUCACCCAUGAACUGGGGCACGCCUGUGGUAUGAAACAUGAUGAAGAGUACUGUACGUGCAAAGGAUCAACAUGUGUCAUGGGAGCUGGCGGGAUCUUUCUUGGUGGUUUUAGUAAUUGCAGUUUCAUUGAAUAUUUCUACUUCACUAAUUUUUUUGCCACAUGUCUCAAUAAUAUACCAGGACAGUUAUUUGCAAUAGAGACAUGCGGUAACAAAGUGGUGGAAAAUGGAGAGGAAUGUGACUGUGGGUCAGAGAGGGAGUGUAAGAAAGAUGCCUGUUGCCUGUCAAACUGCACACUGAGCCCUGGGACAGUGUGUGCCUCUGGACUGUGCUGCAAAAGAUGCCAAUUUGUUCCAGCCAAAAAGGUCUGUAGGCCAAGGCAAAGUGAAUGCGAUCUUGACGAGUUCUGUAAUGGGACCUCAAAUUUGUGCCCAGAAGAUGUGUACAAGCAGGAUGGGACCCCGUGUAGUGACGGCACCGUCUGUUAUCAUGGCAAUUGCCAUUCCCACCUUCGGCAGUGCAGAGCCCUUUUUGGUAAAGGAGCCAAGAACGCUCCCUUACUGUGUUAUAAGGAGGUAAAUGAGUACGUGGACCGAUUUGGGAACUGUGGCUUAAAGGAAAACAUUUACAGAGAAUGUUUGGCACGUGAUAUGUUGUGUGGAAGAGUGCAGUGUGUCAAUGUGAAGACCAUUCCUUCUAUGCCAGACCAUACAUCAGUCAUUCAAACUCAUGUGGAAGCCAACAAUACCAUGUGCUGGGGGACGGACUACCAUGCAGCAAUGAAAUCACUGAAAAUCACUGAUAUCGGGGACGUCAAAGACGGGACCUUCUGUGGCACUGACUUGAUAUGCAUUAACAGGACCUGCCUCAAUGUGUCUCUCCUCAAUUACGAUUGCGAACCUCAAAAGUGUAACCAACGAGGGGUGUGCAACAGCAAGAGAAACUGCCACUGUGAUUAUGGCUGGGCCCCCCCGUUCUGUGAGACUCCUGGGGAUGGGGGCAGCGUUGACAGCGGCCCUUCAGGCAAACCGGUUGUUGCAAAGACGUUUCGAGUUUGGUCCAUUUUCAUUCUUCGUUUCAUUUUUUUAGUUGCCACGUUGAUCCUCAUACCCUUUAUGCGUGUAUCAUUUUCUUGAGAAUUGUCACUGUCAAAAAUAAAGAAUAGAGGAAAAAAAAUGACCCAAAUAAUAAGAGAUCCACAGAA